AUGGCAGCAGGUGGAAGUGGAACUUCAUUUGUCAAAACAAAGAGGACACAUGGGUUCACUACCCUUCUUACAUCUGCAGCUUGUGAAUGGUUUUUGAUAUGCCUGCUGCUAGUUGAUGCCGUGCUAUCAUACCUGCUCAGAAAGUUUGCAAGUUAUUGCCAAUUGCAAUUGCCUUGUUUGUUAUGUUCUAGGCUUGAGCAUAUCCUAGGUGGAGAAAAACCAGAGUUCUAUCAGGACCUAUUUUGCAGCAAUCACAAAUCAGAAAUAUCAUCUUUGGUAUUCUGUCAUAUCCAUGGUAGGCUUGCAGAUGGUCAUAGGAUGUGUGAUGAUUGUCUUCUGUCAUUCACCGCAAGCACUAAACGCAACACAAAAACUCACAGGUUGUUGGUGGGUAAAUUUGGGCUGGUUAUUGGUGGUUCUGGUUCCCAAAGCCCUUUGCUAAGCAGAGAUUUGUUUACUGGCUCUAAGAGCUCAAGGCCAUGUACUUGUUGCGGUAGGCUUUGGAAAUCAGAACAGAAUUUCCCAAGAUCUAUCCAACUAAAAUCACCUGGGAGAGCUUUUCUUAAGCCAUGUAUUCCUUUGCCAAAUGUACAAAGGCAAAGCCGUGUAAAUCACCGGGAUAACAUGAAGAAAACAAGGGAUAAGUUCUCUGGAUCAGAAGGAAAAAGCAGUUUUCAUCCAUUAUCUCAUAUUGGAUACACUGAGCUGAGACUUAAUUCUGAUUCUGAGUCUGAGUUUCAAUUUUCUGAUGAUGAUGAUGUUAGUAGUGUAUUUCAUGAAAGCAUUGAAGCUGUCAAUGACCCUAUUGCUCAAAUUACAUCAGCAACUCCUCCAAAAUGUAUUCCGAGUGAUUCGAAUGCAGCAAAGCCUAACGGUAGUUCCCCCAAGGAGCCCAACGUUAGCAAGCACCAAGAUGUGAAGUUCCUGGGUACUGAUGCUGUUAAUGACAAGGGUCUGGAAGAAGUUAAUUGGCAGCAACCAAAUCAAAAGUCAUCCAGUUCUGACGUGCCUGAGCUCAUUUCACUAGAUGAGGCUUCACCAUCACCUAUUGUGAAUGUCUCUAAUGGAGAAUCAGAAUCAGAAGACAUUAAGAUUACUCUCUAUCAUAAUUCUCUUUCUGCUCCCCUAUCCGAGCUUGUGACCUUGGAUGGCAGCCGUGCACCUGUUGGAGCUUCAUCAGAUAAAUCUGUAGAUGUUACAUCAGAUGGGAAAGCCUUGGAGGAAAUUGGUACAAGGGAUAAAGCAUCUACUGAAACUGAUCCUUUGGUAAGUGAUUCUGCUCCUAUAAGUCCUAGACAAGAGAACUCCAGUCACAUGAGUAAGUCCCCUGUCACCACUAAGGAAAGAGAAGAACCUGGUUUUGUCAUAGAACAGCCGACCACCAAUGAAGUUGGUGAAGUCAAGGUAGAGCUGGACCUAUCACCAUCAUAUAAUUCUUCUCUUCAUGGGUCUAAUAUGUCAUCAGUUGUUCCCAUGAAUCAUGUUCACUCCCAUGAGAUACCCGUUGAGGAUUCUAGUUCAAAUGAAAUGCGGGUACUUCAAAAGUCGGCCUCAGUUGAAUCUGCUCUUGAAUCUCUGGAUGAAAGCAAUGUUACUGAAAUUGAAGGGGAGUCUAUUGUUGAUCGAUUGAAGCGACAGAUUGAGUAUGACAAGAAAUGCUUGGAUGCUUUACAUAAGGAACUGGAGGAAGAGAGAAAUGCCUCUGCUAUUGCUGCAAAUGAAGCAAUGUCUAUGAUUACAAGGUUACAAGAGGAGAAGGCAGCGCUGCAAAUGGAGGCUCUUCAAUAUUUAAGAAUGAUGGAAGAGCAAGCAGAAUAUGAUAAUGAAGAAUUGGAGAAAGUUAAUGAUCUACUCACAGAAAAGGAAAAAGAGAUACAAGAUAUGGAAGACGAACUGGAAUUUUAUAGGGCAAACAUGACCGAUGAGCCUACGGUCCACAGUAUGCAUAAGGAAAGUUUUGAUUCGAAAGAAGAAAACGUCACAGUACAAAAUAUUGGUGUGCAUAACGUCAAAAAUACUGCGAACAAUUAUUCUGAUUCAAAGUUUGCUGAGGUAUCCAAAGUCAGUGAUGAAGCUGUAGCUGGUGGAACCUCAUCCUUUGAAUUUGAAGAGGAAAAGCUAUACAUUUCACAAUGUUUGAAAUGCUUGGAAAGGAAGCUUCAUCAAAUUUCUUGUAAUGAAAUUUCAUCCGAUGUACCCAAUGUUAGACCUGAAAAGCCUGAAGUAGGUAAAUUGGAUCAACAAGGAGCUUCUAAUGGUGAAGGGCCUCAAUUAGAUGGUCAUGAAGAGCCUGAUUUGUCCAUACAGAAAAAUAUUAACACAUUAAAUGGAAGUCAUGAUGAUAAGGAUGGGCCAGCUGUUUCAGAGAGUGGUGAUUGUUCACUUAGUAUUGAAAACAAUGAAUCCGCAUCUAUUGGACCAAAAACUUCCACUCCUGGAAAAGAAGUUGAGUUGGUUGCUCUAGAAAAUGAAAUAUCAGACCUUAAUGACAGGUUGGAAGCACUCGAAUUUGAUCAUGAUCUUCUUGAGCACAUAGUAAAUUCUCUUCAAAAUGGAAAUGAUGGAAAACAAUUUAUUCAAGACAUAGCUCAUCGAUUGCAUGAGCUCCGGGAAAUUGGAAUAAGAUCAAGAUGCAGACAUAUAAAGAAUGGUGGACAUGUUUUUUUGCCUAGAGAGGGGUCGUUCAAUGAUGAUAGAAGUUUAUGAACAGAUUUUACAAAAUUUAUGCAUGCAAGAUCAGAGUGCAGAAUAAAAAACAAACGAAGACAAUGGGUUGUGAUGACAGAAUCAUGUUUUAUUUCUUUGAUAUGCCUAAAUAUUGUGGAGAGCCACGACAUAAUCUCAUGCACAGGCAUCUCUAUAUCUGCUCUGAACAAGUUUAUGGAGUAAGUAAUAGGAAUAGUAAACUUUGGCUUUAAUUUCUUGAUCCUUCCUUGCCUGGGGGGUUUUUCUCUUGUCCUUUGUGUUUCGUUGACUUAAUAGAUGGAGUUUAGUCUCGGUGUAUUGAUGAGAUGAUACACGGGGUGAGUUGAUAUUUCUGUAAGUUCUUGUGAUGGAAAACAAUUGCUCUGUAAAUCCCGAGUUGGGAAUUUAACACAUGGUUGUUAUAGAGGGAAAAUAUGCCCAAUUUUACAAAGAUGAUUUUUUUUUUUUUAUACAAGUGAGAAUUG